CUGCUCUAUAUAGGUCCAGGGACCGCAGCAGCCCCAGGCACACCAUGAGGGUCUCCACUGCCGCCCUCUGCCUGGCCUGGGCCCUGGCCCUGGCAUGCGCCCACCCUUUGCCCCACGGCAAAUCAGAGGCAGCUGGAGGAGGGCACCCCCAUGAGGCUGAGCCCCCCAACAAUGACACUGACCUGGCCCAGCUCUGCGUGGAUGAGGGCAGCUUCGACGCCGCCACACUCAAUGAGAAUGGCACCAUGCUCUUCUUCAGAGGCGAGGGAGUCUGGGAGAUCUCUCGGGGGGCGCCCCGGCCCCACAUCCGACCCCUGGCUGCAUCCUGGCCUGAGCUGGGGGGCCCCGUGGAUGCGGCGCUGCGCCUGCACCGCCGGCAGCACCCCCAGGAGCACCAGAACCUCUACCUCUUCCAGGGCGAGCAGGUCUGGGCCUACGCUGGGGGGCAGCUGCGUCCUGGCUUCCCCCGGCGUGUGGCAGAUGAAUUCCCGGGGGUCCCCGGGGGGCUGGACGCCGCCGUCGAGUGCCACCCUGAGGAGUGCGGGGGCGAGAGCAUCCUCUUCUUCAAGGGGGACACGGUGUACGCCUUUGACCUGGAGCUGCGGGUGACGAAGCCACGCACAUGGCCGGGGCUGGGCCCCUGCACUGCUGCCCUGCGCUGGCUGGAGCGGUACUACUGCCUGCGCGGGACCCGCUUCCAGCGCUUCGACCCCCGCACAGGCGAAGUGCCCCCAGGAUACCCCCGCGACCUCCGCGACUACUUCAUACCCUGCCCAGGGCGAGGGCACGGGAAUGCCUCGUGGGGGGACGCCGGCCAUGGCUGCAGCAAGAUGCCCUUCCAGGCCCUCCUCUCCGAUGACACCGGCCGCAUCUAUGCCUUCCGCGGGGGUCUGUCAUUCCGCCUGGACUCGUGGCAGGAUGGGCACCAUGCCUGGCCCCUGGGACAGACGUGGCCAGGGCUGGAGGGGGAGGUGGAUGCUGCCUUCGCCUGGGAUGGACGCACCUACCUGAUACAGGGCUCCCAGGUCUCCAUCUUCCUUUCGGAGCAGGGCCACCGGCGGGUGCUGGGGUACCCACGGGCGCUGCAGGAGGAGCUGGGGGUCCCCAGUGCCGACGCUGCCUUCACCUGCCCCGGCUCUGCGCACCUCUACCUCAUCACAGGGGACCACAUUCGGCUGGUGGACCUGACGCAGACACCACGGCACGUGGGCGAACCGACACCACUGCCCCACGACCACGUGGAUGGUGCCAUGUGCACCAACGAUGGUAUCUUCCUCUUCGAUGGCACUGGCUACUACUGGUACCCCAGCGUGGCCCAGCUGCUAGGGGCACAACAGCCUGCCCCCCUCCGGAGCAUCACCACCGACUUCUUCCGCUGCCCACAGUGACUGGGGCCGGUGCCACCGCCCAGGCCCCUGCAGCACUGCUGGCACCGGGACUCUGCGGGCCCCAGCCAGCCUGUGCCUGGGACACAAUAAAAGCCAGGGAGACCCUGA